AAACCAUUAAAUGAUAUAGAGAAAGAAAUUUGUAGGUAUGCUAGCAUUAGUAGGUAUAUUAUUUUUCGAUACCAACCACCUUGAUAGACAAGGUGCGAGCACCUUGCGAUCGGCCCUUGGCGAGCUUAUACCUCAAGACUUGCACAAACCUUCAAGACACAGCUGAUUCGAAGCUAGCUGGCUGAUGUUGGUAGAGCAAACUUGGAGUCGGUAGGACAGCUUGAAUACUUUCGUUCGCGAGCUGAAUCCGGAAAUCACUCUUGAGUCCAUUCAGCCUGGCAUCGACAAAUUACAGAGGCAGGCGGUUCAUGCCAAACCAUUGUUGCUGAGCUCCUGCAAACAAGCAUGGCUGGAAGUGAAGAGGACUUGGACCCCAUGAGUCCUCAGAGUAUGGGCAAUGUGGGAGCUGACGCAUUUGAUGACGAAGAUGGCGAGCCAGCGCUGCCCCUGGAUCCCAAUAACCGGCUCCUGGACCGGGCCCAGGCAGCCUUGCGAACGCAGCUCCUCAAUCAAAAGCAGGAGCUGGAGGAGGCGGUACGAGAACGGGGCAAGGAGCUGAAAGACGCAAAGACGCGCAGGGAGGAUCUCGGGGUGGAGCUGUAUGGCGUGCAGCAGCAGCUCGCCAAGCUGCAGAUGACCCUGGAGAAAGCUCACGAGGAGUAUGCUGAGAUCAACAGAGUCCGGCUCCAGGCCGAGAAGGACCUGGCGGCGAUGCGGCAGACGAAUGUGGCGCGGCGCGAGGAGACCGCCGCGGGGCGCGUGCGCGCGGAGCAGUUCCAGGUGGAGCUGGACCGGCUGGGGGCCACUCUGCGCCAGGUGGAAGAGUACAACGAGAAGGUUAAAAGCGAGAUUGCGGUCACGCGGCGGGCAACGUACGCGGCGGAAGAGGCGAUCUCCAAAAUGGAGAAGGAGAAGAAGGAGCAGGACCUGCUGAUUGACCAGCUGCAGGAGACGCUCAAGAGCCAAGGCCAGCAGGUGGCGCUGUACGAGGCCCAGCUCGCGGCGCAGCGGCGCGAGACGCAGGCCGCACAAGACACGCUCACCGAGGCCGCGUCCGAGAUGGAGGCAAUCAACUUCGAGAAGAAGCAGCUGACCCUGCAGUGGAAGAGCAGCCUGAUUGGGAUGGCACGCCGCGACGAGGCGCUCCAGGCGCUGGAGGACGCGUUGCGGAAGCAGGGUGAGCAGGAGCGCGCGCUGGAGGGCGAGCUGGACGUGUUCCGGCGCGGGCUACGUGAGGAGCAGGAGCGGGGGGAGAAGCUGGCGGGCGCGAUCGCAAAGAUUGAGAGGCAGAGCGAGCAGCUAAAACAGCAGAUCGCCGCGACCAAGGAGCGCCGCGACUCCGCCGAGGGCAAGUUGGGUGCGCUGCAAGCGGCGCGCGAGGAGACGGAGGCGAGCUUCGUGCAGGCCAGGGGGGAUGGGAAGCGGCUGCGGGCGGACGUGGACAACGUGGAGAAGGCCAUGUUCAAAGCCAACCAGGAGAUCCAGGAGCUGGAGUCGCGCAUGCUGACGAGCCUGAGCGAGCAGACGACGGUGGAGAAGGGCGCCCAGGUGACGGCGCAGGCAACGCAGCGGCUGCGGCAGCGCGUGCGCGAGGAAAGUUUGGCGGCGGUGCAGCUGCAGAACGAGCUGGCCAAACUGCGGGUGGACGUCCUCACCGCGCACGGCCGCAACGCGCAGCUGCGCGAGGUGCUCGCGGGGGUCGAUGCGGAGAUCCGGGAGAAAGGGGCCACCAUCGAGAAGUACCAGAUCGAGAUCCGGCGGCGGAACGACGAGGUGGAGAAGAAGACGAAGGAGGUGGACCGGCUGAACAAGGCAUACGACAAGCUGACGGCGGCCGUGGUGGAUGAGAAUAUGGGCCCGUUGGAGGCGACCAUUGCUAACAUUUCCAAGGAGAUUGUCGCCAAGGCCGCGGAAGCGAAAGAUUUGCAGCGCGCCUGGGUCACGUGCCAGACGGAGCUCGUGGGGCUGAUCAACGACAACAACGGCCUCGCCGAGAAAGUGCAGCGGCUCCGCGCGGAGCACACGGUUCUGAAGCAGCGGCGCGCGCGGCUGGACGGGCAGUGCGACGUGCACAAGAAGGAGAUCAAGGACCUGGGGGGCAGCGUGCGAAGCAUGCACUCCGACCUGCAAAAGCUGAACGAGAUGAUUGCCAAGAACGCGGAGCUGCGAGGCUUCCUGGCGAACGAGACGUUCACGCUGGAGGCGGGCAUCGUCGCGUCGCUGAAAGCGAUGGAGGAGGAGAUGGUGCACCUGGGCGGCCGCAUCGAGGCCGCGCGCGCAGAGAAGCGCGAGCUGCUGAGCGACGUGGUGGACGCAGAGCGCCAGAUCAUGCUGUGGGAGCGCAAGAUCGCGCUGGAGAAGGAGACGCAGGCCGCGAUCGAUCCGACGAUGGGAAACGAGGUCGUGGUGGUAAUGCGGAAGGAGAUUCACCGCAUGAAGCUGCGCCUGACGGAGGUGCUGGGCCAGCAGGAGCGGCUCAUUGGCGAGAUGGAACGCGCGAUCCUGAAGCGCGACAACAUCGCGACGAAAGGGCGCGCGCAGGGCGCGAAGAAGGGCGCGGGCGGGCUGCUGCUCAUGGAGACGGGGCUCGUCAAGGCGGCCGCGGACCUCAAGCGGAGCGUCAAGGAGACGGAAAAGGAGGCGGCGGAGGCGGACGCACGAAUACAGCACGCGGCCGCCAAGCGAGACGCGCUGGCCCAGGAACUAGAGGAGGGGGGGAACAAGAUCACCAAGAUGCGGGAGGACGAGGAAGCGCUGGGGCGAGAGUUAGAUACCGUGGUCACGAACCGGAUGAAAGAGCUGAUGAACACGACGAGGCUCCAGAAAAGCGUCAAACGGUUCGAGGACGUGCAGGCGGGAAAGUGGAAAGGCCUGGGCUUAGCGGAGGCGGACCUCGAAGCGGAGCUUGGCAAGGCGCUGGAGAAGAAGAGGGCGAUAUCGGACGUCGUGCAGAAGAUCUGCAAGGAGCUGCCGCACCUAGAGGCGUCGCUCACAAAGUGUCUGGCGCAGGUCUCCGUCGAAGGAUAGGGUUUCUUUGGGCUGUUACGGGAUGGGCUCGUACAUAAGGGUGGGUUAAUUUUGAGUGUUGCCAUUGAAAGGGACGGGCUGAUGCAUGUUCAUCGUAGUCCACGGAAUUGUGAGAAGCAUAUCUUGCAUGCAAUUCAUGGG